AUGGCACACCGCGCCGCAAUUGCUCAGCUCCGGGCUCAACGUCUUUCCGGCAAGACACGCCUCGAAUCUUACCAAAUUGAGGACCAGGGUGCCAUCUACGACGAAGUGGACGAGGAGGGCUACAAGAAGGUCGUGCGAAGUCGGCUCAACAAAGACGAUUUCGUCGUCGACGACAACGGAGAAGGAUACGCGGAUGAUGGUCGCGAAGAAUGGCAAAACGAACGCCAGUACUACAGCAGCGAUGACGCGGAGGAUGUCCCGCUCAAAGGCAAAGCUGCGAAACGAAAACGUGAAGACGACCGCGAGAAGGAUGAUCGUACAAACCAUAAGAUCCUGAACUAUUUCAACAACGGUCCUGUUGCUCCCCCCAAGCCACAGGUGCAAACUACGGCUGAAGACGAAGCCUUUAUGGCCGAUCUGCUCGGUGAGGUAGACGCCAACGUCCUAUCAGCGCGAGCAUACACCCCAAAGCCUAUCAAGUCUGAGAAUCGCCGCAAAGUUAUGGUGGUGUCCCCUCCAUUGACUCAGGCACGACCCCGAGCAAAAUACCAAGCUCCGGAGCCAGAAUUAGAAGACACCCCUCCUCCACAGGCUGCCAUGGAUGAAGAUGACAACGUACCAACCUUCGACAAUGAUAAUGAUAUGAGUGAUCCAUUCCCCUCUUCUCCUGUGGUCCAAGCCGUUGAGCGGAAGGCGAAGGUUCAGAUUAAAGAGGAUGAAGACGAUGAUAUGAUGGAUGUCGCUCAAGUCAUUGGACAUGAAGCCGCUCAAUCCGCAAGUGUCAACAUGACCGGCAGCCGACCUCCGCCAAAGAUCAAGGCGGCACAGUUGCCGACGCCCCAAAACUCCUCUCCACCUGUCUCUGCCGUCAAUGAAGUGGACGCGUCGUCAUGGAAUAAGAUCACAAGCAAAUUGAAUGUCCAGAGCAGUCCGUCCUCGGAAAAUUACAUCUUUGGCAAGAUGAAACCACAGGAUGCUGUUGAGGAAGACGGCAGCUUGCGCAUGUUCUGGCUCGACUACACCGAGGUCAACGGCAGCCUCUGUCUCUUCGGUAAAGUCAAGCACAAAUUCACGGGACAAUAUCUCAGUGCCUUUGUCAAGGUGGACAAUAUUCUCCGCAAGCUAUUCUUCCUCCCAAGGAAGUAUAGAGUUUCCAAUGGACGCGAAACGGAUGAGGAAGUGGAAAUGAGCGAUGUAUACGGAGAAGUCGAUUCCUUGAUGUCGAGAAUGAAGGUCACCACUAGAAAGGUCAAGCCCUGCACAAGAAAGUACGCAUUCGAAAUUCGUGAUGUUCCCAAAGAGGCGGAAUAUCUUAAACUCCUCUACCCCUACGACAAGAACGCCUUGCCCACGGACUUGCAGGGCGAGACAUUUUCCAGAGUCUUUGGCACCAAUACCGCUUUAUUCGAACAAUUCGUGCUCUGGAAAAACAUCAUGGGCCCAUGCUGGCUACAAAUCGAGGAUGCCGACUUUGCGGCGGUCAAUAACGCUUCCUGGUGCAAGCUUGAGUGUGCCGUCACCAAGCCGGCCAACAUCACCGUCCUGAGUGAUUCCGAGAAUCUGGAAACCCCUCACCUCACGCUGAUGUCUCUGUCCUUCCGCACUCAACUGAAUGUCACGGAGAACAAACAGGAAAUCCUAGUUGCAAGUGCUCGAGUCUACGAGAAUGUCUCACUAACCGACUCCACUCCACCCGAAAAGAUGCCUUCGAGAACCUUCACAGUGAUGCGACCAUCAGGGUCAUCCUACCCCCUAGGCUUCGAGACGGAGACCAAACGGCAGAGUGGCACGUUUAUGCUCGAAAAGAGCGAGCAGUUCCUCCUGAGCAAAUUCCUCGCACUUUUUGAGAAGGUGGAUCCCGAUGUUUUGAUGGGCCAUCAACUUCAAGAGGUCGAUUACAGCAUUCUCCUUAGCCGUCUCAAGGAAAAGAAAACCCCUGGUUGGCACCGAAUUGGUCGGAUGAAGCGAGGAGAAUGGCCCAAGACGUUUGGGAAAGGUGGAUCUUCCUUCUUCGCCGAGAGACAGCUUCUGGCUGGACGACUCAUGUGUGAUCUGGCCAACGACAUGGGCAAGUCGUUGAUGAGCAAAUGUCAGCAAUGGGGCUUGACUGAGAUGUGUGACCUCUAUCUCGGUCCACAAAAUCCUCGUCGCGAUCUCGACAAUGAGGCCGCGUUGAAGACGUGGGCGACUACGCGCGAUGGCCUUCUCAAUUACGUCAACCAUUGCCAUGCUGAUACCUUUUUUAUCGCGGCACUUGUCCUGAAGCUCCAAAUGUUGCCAUUGACCAAAGUCCUGACAGAACUUGCCGGCAACUCGUGGGCUCGUACCCUAAGCGGUACACGGGCAGAGCGGAACGAAUACAUUUUGCUUCAUGAAUUUUACCGCAACAAAUAUAUUUGUCCUGACAAGGAAUACGGCAAAGGUCGUGCCACUCAGGCGGAGGAGAACGAGGAUGGCGAAGAGGGAGCUGACACCAAAAAGAAAGACAAGUACAAAGGCGGUCUCGUUUUCGAACCGGAGAAAGGGCUUUAUGACAAGUUCAUCCUGGUCAUGGAUUUCAACAGUUUGUACCCCAGCAUCAUCCAGGAGUACAAUAUCUGCUUCACCACUGUCGACCGAUCGGCCACUUCAGAGAAUGAGAACGAGGAGAAAGUGCCUGAGGUCCCUGUUGACCAACCACAGGGUAUCUUACCCAGGCUCAUUGCCACACUUGUCAUGCGUCGACGUGAAGUCAAGAAGUUGAUGAAAGACAAACGAGCAUCACCCGAACAAAUGGCGCUGUGGGACACCAAACAACUGGCGCUCAAACUGACGGCCAACUCUAUGUAUGGUUGUUUGGGCUACACCCAAUCUCGUUUCUAUGCACGGCCACUCGCCAUGCUUACUACCUUCAAGGGCAGAGAAAUUCUCAGGAGCACCAAAGAGCUUGCCGAAAGCAACCAACUCCAGGUCAUCUAUGGCGACACCGACUCCGUCAUGAUCAACACCAAUGUCGACAACAUGGCACAGGCAUUGAGUGUGGGUGUCGAGUUCAAGCGCUCCGUCAAUGAACGGUACAAGUUGUUGGAGAUUGACAUCGAUAACAUUUUCCGACGAUUGCUGCUUCACGCAAAGAAAAAGUAUGCGGCUAUCAAUAUGGCCGAAGUGGAAGGCAAAUAUGUGGAGAAGCUGGAGGUCAAGGGUCUGGACAUGAAGAGACGAGAAUAUUGUGCUCUCUCAAAAGAGGCUUCUCAGAAGCUUUUGAAUGAGAUUCUCUCCGGUGAGGACUCGGAAGUUGUCCUCGAGAAGAUUCACGAAUAUCUGCACGACUUGGCCAACAAGAUGAGGGAGAACGCUGUCCCUGUGCAGAAAUAUGUCAUCUACACCAAACUCGGAAAGAAUCCCACAGAAUACCCGAAUGCAGAUUCAAUGCCUCAAGUUCAAGUGGCUCUACGCGAAAUAUCUCGAGGCAGGACAGUUCGCGUAAACGAUGUCAUGUCGUACAUCGUUACUAUGGGUGAUGAACACACCAAAGGCCUGGCCGCACCCAAACGAUCAUACACUCCUCAGGACGUUCUCAAGCCGAACUCCGGUCUCAUCCCUGACGUUGAGUAUUAUCUCCAUAAACAGAUCUUCCCACCGAUUGAACGACUGUGUGCUCCUAUUCCGGGCACGGACUCGGUCAGGCUUGCAGAAUGCUUAGGGCUUGAUGUGCGCAAAUACCAGAUCAACAUCGCCGGUGGAACAAAUCAACAAAGCCCUGAGAUAUUCCCUCUUGAAUCGCAAAUUCCGGACAAUGUCCGAUUCCGAGAUGCCGCUCGACUCAAUCUUCGAUGCCGAGAAUGCCGGCAAGUGUCCAUCUUUGAAGGUCUUUGUGAUUCGAUGUCCUCCUGCACACCUGAGGGUAUUUUGUGCGGCAAUAGCGACUGCCAGAAACCAUUUACUCAAAUGGCAAUCAUUGCCCAACUGGAAUCCCAAAUCCGAAUGCAGACUUGUGCGUAUUAUGAAGGCUGGCUUGUGUGCGACGACCCAUCCUGUGGCAACCGUACCCGACAAAUGUCUGUAUAUGGCCAUCGAUGCUUGGGUCCCAAUGGGCGAGCCGAAGGAUGUCUUGGUCGCAUGUCUUACGCGUAUUCGGAUAAGAAAUUGUACAAUCAGCUCCUGUACUUUGCAGUUCUAUUUGACGUUGAGAAAGCGAAAAGCAAAGCCCGAUCGGAGAAGGAAUAUGCAGAGAAGAAGGAUCGGAUCAUUGUGCUGGCCGAGACGAACAGGGAACGAUUUGGGGGCAUCAAGGCUGUGGUGGAUGGAUAUCUCAAAAAAUGUGGACGACAAUGGGUUGAGAUGGAUACCUUGUUUAGGUUUGCUUUGAAGUAA